GGGCGGGGCCGUGGCGUGGCCGGAAGCGGAAGUGUUGGGCAGGUGCCACCAUGGCGGCCCCGGGGGCGGCGGAAGGCGGCGGCUCCGGCGACUCCGCGGGGCCCGCAACGGUGUCGCGGCGGGUGAAGUACGCCAGCCUGGGCGUGCUGGUGCUGCAGAACGCGUCCCUCGUGCUCAGCAUCCGCUACGUGCGGACCCUGCCCGGGGAACGCUUCCUGCCCACCACGGCCGUGGUGAUGGCCGAGGCCAUGAAGGGCAGCGCCUGCCUGCUGCUCCUGCUCAUCCAGCACAAGGGCAGUGUCCGGCAGACGGCGGUGACGCUGCAUGAGGCCGUGGUGGGACAGUUUGGGGACACGCUGCGCUUGGCUGUCCCCUCCCUCAUCUACACUCUGCAGAACAACCUGCAGUACGUGGCCAUCUCCAACCUGCCUGCAGCCACCUUCCAGGUGACGUACCAGCUGAAGAUCCUAACCACAGCGUUGUUCUCAGUGCUGCUGCUGGGGACGGCGCUGUCGCGGCUGCAGUGGCUGUCGCUGGCGCUGCUCUUCGCAGGGGUGGCACUGGUGCAGGCGGAGCAGGCGCGGGCCGUGCCCUCGGCCGCGGUCGUGUCCCCGUCGCCCGGCCCCGAGGGGCCGGCACAGAGCUACGCCGUGGGGCUGGCAGCCGUGGCUGCGUCCUGCCUGUCCUCAGGCUUCGCUGGCGUCUACUUUGAGCGGCUGCUGAAGCGCUCGGGCGGCUCCAUCUGGGUGCGGAACGUGCAGCUGGGCGCUGUGGGCACAGCCGUGGGGCUGGGCGCCAUGCUUGCUGCCGAGGGCCCAGCCGUGGCCGCUCUCGGCUUCUUCUACGGCUACAACGGCGCCGUGUGGGCCGUGGUGGUCAACCAGGCGGCCGGGGGGCUGCUGGUGGCCGUGGUGGUUCGCUACGCCGACAACAUCCUCAAGGGCUUCGCCACAGCGCUGUCCAUCCUGGCCUCCACGGCUGCCUCCGCACACCUGUUCGGCUUCCGGCCGCGCGCGCCCUUCCUGGCCGGCACCGCCAUGGUCCUGGCCGCCGUCGUGCUCUACGGGCGGCCCCGCGGCACCAGCAGCCGCAGCCAGGACAGCGGCAAGUCUCCCGACAAGGACAAGGGCACCUGACAGCACCGAGUGACCCCCCCCCCCCCCCCUUGGGCGCUAUAGGGACAGUCUGGAGCCCUCCAGGGUCCUAUAGAAUAUGUGCAGACCCUCCCCUUCCCCCCUGCAGGCUUUAUAGGGGCCAUGUGCCCCAGCUGGGGUUCUAUAGGGACUAUAUGGACCCCUCAGUCUCUGUAGCAGCCAUAUGGACACUUCCCCCCUCUCGGGGGCUAUAGGGACCGCUGGCACCCAGGUCCCUAUAAGGCCCGUAUGGUCCCGCGCCGUGGUUUUCAUGUAAAUUAAGACAUUUUUGGUCAAA